AUGCCGGACUUUUCUGAUGUUUUUGAGAAACAUUGGAGUUUCUUCCCUGUCGAGUUCAAAACUCACUCAACCCGACAGCGAGAACUACUGUCUCGCCAAAUCUUGCCUAUUAAAUAUUGCAAAUCAUUCAGGGAGGAGAAUAGUGGGUUCGAAGCGGCUCUGCAUAAGGUUCAGAUAGACCCUGACUACUGUGACCUGGUGCCAAAGGACACUCCGCUCGUGUUCAAGAUUUAUAAAGGAUACAAAAUGAGUGAAGAUUAUAAUCUCGAGACUGAAAACUAUUCGAAUCUGAACGGCAAAGCGCAGCACGCUAUCACCAAGUGCUAUGGUUCCUUUUCCUGCGAGGAAACAGAUUUCCGUGUCAUUAUCCUCGAAUACGCCAGUGAAGGAAGCCUACGUAAUUUCUUUCGAAAUAUUCAUCCACCUGUCCAUGCUGAGGAAUUUCAAGAGCUUUGGGUCAACUUGGUAGGACUCUUAGAUGGACUCGAUGCUCUUCACACGUACCACAGUUCAAAACAAGGGAGAAUCCACCAAGACAUCAAGCCAGACAAUAUCCUGGUGUUUCCAAAUUCUGCGAAAUCCCGGUUUGAUGCUCGAUUCAAACUGACAGACUUCCAUGUGACAGAGUUUAAACAGUUGGACAGAGAAGGGAAGAUGACGAUUGACAACUGGGGAAGUCGAUUGUAUAGUGCUCCGGAGUGCUACGCCAACUUCCCCGCUCAAUUUAAUGUCAGGCCGCUGGUUUCACCAAAUAUUGACCUUUGGGCUCUUGGGGCAGUAUUCAGUGAAAUCCUGGUCUGGUCGAUCUCUGGAUAUACUGUUCUGGAGACAUUUCGAAAGGCAAGACAGAAAGAAAUCUCAACUCUGACUUACAUCGAGGCAAGAGGAAUUGAUGCUUGCUACCAUGAUGGGCAUGAGAGGCUGCCUACCGUUGACCGAUUUCUCAAGGACGUACUUGAACACCGAAGAGCGACUGAUGAGGUGUCACCCGCUAUCAGCCAUAUGAUUCUUAAUUUCAUGAUGACGAAUGAGAGGGAACGAUUGCGUGCGGUAGAGAUAAAGUCUCUCAUGCAAAGUAUAACAGCAACAGUUCACCAAACCAACUCAUCUACGUAUGAAGCUCAGGUUGCGAAAAUUCGUCAAUCUCGAUUAGAAGAGUCGUCCUCGAUCAUUGCAACUUCGUCCGACCAUAUUGGUUUGUCAGACGCAUCUUCAUUACGACUCUGGUCAGAUCCGGAACAUACAGCUGGUGAUACGUCAUUAUCGACCGCUCCAAAUACGCGAGACACAGGUUCAGGGCAUAAGAACCAGAAGGGAGAUCCGAGGAUUAUAGAAGUCUAUGGAUAUGGAAGUCAACCACUCCACGGGGACUUGGAGACAGAAGAUCAAAAAGAAAUCCAGUCUCUUGCCUCCCAAGAUGAUCACAUCGAUUCUCUUCAGUCUGGUAUUACUCCUUUGAGAGUUUAUCAAAUUGCCUCCAAGUUACUGGUUGAGCGGUUCUUAGACGAUGACCACUUACUUGAUUUAUACCAACAAGCCGUUAAACGACUGGAUAGGACACGUUUCGUCAACAAUCACAGGAUCUUGAUGAAACAAUAUUUCCUUGACCUUCGAGCAACUGCAAGAUCUCGCGCCGAGGAGAUGUCUGUAGAUUUCCUGCGGAGCCGGAAAGAAAGGAUCCGAAUCUCCUCUGUUAUUUAUGAUCUCGUUCUCAACCAAGGCGAGCAGGUCCGCAGGAUAUUCAAGAUGGAAAUCAAGGAUGACCAAGAAAGCAUCCUCCUAGUUGAUCGUUUUCUGGCCGCGCAAGAGAUCUAUGACCAUGAUCGUGCAACUGGCUCGGAUCCAGAAUCUUCUGAUUCCUCAGAAGACCUGUCUCCAGAACAGGAACAAACCAGUCAAGGAGAAGCGUCGAAAAUCGAAGCAGUGGCCAUUUUCAUGACUGCCGGAUCGGCAUUUGACUCUUAUAAAUGCCACUUGGAUGAGUUCCUGCACCCAAAGAAGCUUGAAAGCGAUUACCGAGAGGCCAUCGAGCCACUAAUGGUGAGCUCUGAGGACUGCAGUACGACGCCGGUUGAUUCGCAAGAUGCCACGAAGACUGGAGUCGUGGAUGCUUCAGUUGUCAAGCCAGAGACCAGCCCGGCUGCUGUUGAAACGGCUUCCCCUUUUGUAAAACAGCUCGUAAAGGGAUAUUCCUGGUUAAUUAAGAUCACUCGACCGAGAGUAAAGGAGGGCUACCGCCGCCUCGAAUGGACAUGUGACUGCGGAUCUCAGCUCUAUGCAGACUUUCUUGUGUUAGACGAAGAGCGAUUCCGGCGGUUUGCCGAAUCGCUACAAAGCCCGCCACCAAAAAGCAGCCACGAAAUGAUAGCGAAUGCUCAGAGCUCGCAAGCUAGCUCUUCCAGAGAACGGGAGAGUCCGGUCUCCAACCGGGAUAGUCCAAACAUCAAUUCUCAUCUUCUGUCAUCGAGUUCUGCGCGGCCCUCUGGGGCUGAUACGUCUAGUGAAGCUAUACCGCGAUCCAGUUCCGAAAGGGGACAGAGGGAUCAUCCAGCGGAGUCACCAAAGUCCAAGGCAAAAUAUCUUGCACUUUGUAUUCAGACAGGCACGAUAUACACGACUCUCGAAGAGGCCGAAACUUCAACCUUUAAGCUCGACGCAGAGUUACUUAAAGAGAUGAAAGAUGUCUAUACCAGGAUUCGGGGUGUAAGAUCUAAACGCAACUCUCUUUUUAUACCUAUUCGUUUGGAAUACGUCAAGUUUAUGCUUUGGAAUAAAAGACAGGGCUACAUAUCAAUAACCGAAAGACCCAAAAGCGUGCCUCCCGAGGAAGACCUUCAGUAUGACUUUGCCCCUCUCGACGCCUGGCCUCCUAUGCCGGAUGAGGUCUUCUUUCACUACCUUGAAAAGGGAGAAGAGAAGUGUUUUCAGGACCGCCACUGGAUUCCUAGGCUUGCUGUUCGCCGAGACAACAGAAUAAUCGAAGGCCACGAAGCCUCUUUUGGCUGGGGCAUUCAUAUUAUCGAGGGACCAAAUCGGUGGGCUAUCUUUGCAUUAUUUCUUGUCACCGUGUUUGGAAGUGCCCUGGCUGCUCUCCUUUGGUCUACUAUUCACAAUGACAUUCAGGGCGGAACAGGGCUAGGGCAAUUAAUAAUAGCAUUAUCAUCGGCAAUUCUGACGGCGUCUUUGUUUAGAUUAGGGUACUUAUAG